AUGUGUGGCACGAGCCACCCGCUGACGUGCUCGACGGCGUCGCCCGUCAGGCAGGGUUCGGGCCAUGUGAUACAUCGGCGAGCCACGUCGGCCCUGGGCACGGGCGGUUCUGCCGCCUGGAGCCCUGUCGAGGACGUCGGCCAGCGGCCGGCGUUCAAGGCCGGUGCGCUGGAAACCCGGGCGCAAGCGCCCGGGUUCCUGCUUCGGUCCAACAGCAUACCGUCGCUGCCGACGCUCAGAACGAAGGAAACGCGCCUGCCCAAGCCCAUAGGGUGUGAGCUGGUUUCCGGCGCAGCCCUUGCGCAGAAAGUGUCGACGACGAGGGCGUCGACACUGCUCGUGGUCGACAUCAGGCCGUUCGUGGACUACUCACGCGGAACGAUCCGUGGCUCGCUGCACGUGUCGUUGCCUUCGACGCUUAUGCGUCGUAAAACGUUCACACUGGAACGACUCAUUGGGAACCUGCCAGAUCACGUGCGCGCCGGUGUCAGCCGCACGUUGCUGGAGCGCGACGACUGCUCGGACGUCGAAGUCGUCAUCUUCGACAACACGUCCCACCAGACUGCCGGCGCGAUCAGCGCUGCGUGCCACGGCAUGGCGUCCAAAUUCCUGCAGUGCGAACGCUGGGCGGCCGUACGGCCGCCCCGCGUCGCUGUCCUUGAGUGCGGAUUUGUUCAGUUCCGUGAACUUGCAGCGGGCCAGGAUCUGGGCGAAAGUCUCGUCGAAGAGCCCGCGGUUGUGGCCAAUUCUCCGUCUCCCACGGGCUCGCAAGGCAGCCAGGGCCGUUCCGCCCAACUCAGCGACUCCGACCUUGUGAGUCCGUUUUCGUCGUCUCCGCUGGCCAGACCGCGCAUGAACAGCAUUUUCAGAUCUACCUCCUGCAUAGCAGAACCUCCCAGCAUGCCCUCGUCGUUCUGCGAGUCGCCUGUGUCUUCAUGCUCUCCCGUGUCCACGCUGUUCAAAUUUCAACUCCCCUCCGCCAGCGAAUGCCCGCCAAAUUUCAAGCUCCCGCAAAGCGAAGAGAUCAACAAGCUCGAAGAUUACAUCAGCGCGGUCAAUAUAUGCGAAUACAAGGACAAAGACAACGUUUCGACUCCUUUUCCCUCUACACAAUUGCAUGCGUUCCAAUUCCCGCCCUCCGGCCCUCCAAACACAAGCAAAACCGAAGACAAAUUGGCAUUUCAACGGAAAUACGACAGUAUAUGCGCUUCUGCCGACAAAGGCGGCGAUGCAUUCAAAGACGCCGUACCGCGUUGGUUCAAAUUGCUAGUAAACGCUUCAAAAGUUGACUUGAUAGCUCAAUAUCAAAAGAUAGACUUGUUAGAAAAGAGGCGCCUCAGUCAGUGUCUGAGCAAGAACAAGGCUACGACCUUCGAAUUUUGCCCGUCACACCUGGAAAACGACUCAUCUGGCAGCGAAUUUUCUUUCCAAAAGAGAACAGAGUCGUGUCCUUCGGAAUGGCUAGAUUAUUACGAUUCAGAUGAGGAGGAUAAAAUAGUUCGCGUCUCGUCUGGUGUUGAACUCGGCUCCAAGAACAGGUACAAGGACAUUUUCCCCUUUGAACAUUCGAGGGUAAUUUUAAAGAAAAAGGACACGCGGCACGACGAUAUAUGCGAUAACUAUAUCAACGCCAAUUACUUGGUCAAUCCUUUUGCCAGACUUCAGGCCCCCUCGGGACAGGAUCAUCCCAAUGUUCGUUAUAUUGCUACUCAAGCACCGUUGGCAAGCACUACGCAUGAUUUCUAUACUUGCAUUAUCAAUAAUGGUGUACCCUUGAUAUUGUCACUAACAGACGAGUUUGAAAACGGUAUAGAGAAAUGCUUCCGAUUUUGGGCAGAAGGCAACUACGACGGUAUUCAUGUGAAAAUGCUUGAGGAGACAGGUCUACCCCCGACGUCCUCCAAGGAGAAAGGGGACGAUGGGAAUGUGAUCAUCAGAAGAAUUCAGUUAACGUAUGACGUUGGGGAGUCAUAUGAAGUAAUGCAAAUACAGGUUAAAAACUGGCCUGAUUUUGGCACUCUGGUAGAGCCUCAUGAAAUCCUGAGAGUAAUAAAUCUCAAAAAUUUUGCCAUAGGGGAACUCUAUAGGGCUGGCGCCUAUGACUCGCAUGAAUCGCCAACCAUCCUUGUACACUGUUCUGCUGGUUGUGGCAGAACAGGCACAUUUUGCGCUCUAGAUUCCACACUUUCUAAUAUGUCCAAGCUUGACUCUUUGGAGGCCGCGUGGUCAGAAAGGAAAAACGAUAAGCAGAAAGCAUUUUUCAUCACUUCCCCAAAAUCAGCUUGUCUAAACGCUAAAGUUUUUGAUCCAGUUAGCAUUACCAUCAACAGCUUCAGAAAACAAAGAAUCGCUAUGGUUCAAAAUGUCAAUCAGUAUCUGUUUAUCUUUGAUUGUCUACUAGCGUACUUCAGGCUAAAGCUGGGAAUGGCGACCUCUUCCGGUACAGAUAGCUGGAAGUUGAUGACAGAGGAAAAUAGACAAUUGGACACAGUGAGACAUUUUUUGGACAGCAAGAUCGAAUGA